GAGGGACCACGUAAGGAUUACCUGUUGUGUUCCUUCCCUCUGGGGCGUCUGGUAUUUGUCACUGUUUGCAGGAUACUGGGCUGGAUGGAUUGUUGGUCUCACCCAGUAGGGCUGUUUUAUGUUCUUAUUUCGAAAUAGCACGUUUGCACUGCAGGAAAACCUCAAAAUGAGUCCCUAAUGUAGAUGGGUGGUCUCGAUUUAGAGCUCCAGGAGGCUCUGGGGAGGAAUAACUCAGAAUAGCCCUGGGGAAAGGCUAUUUCAAAAUAGCAGCAAUGGAACAUCUACACAUGCCGUAUUUCGAAAUAGCUAUUUCGGAAGAGACAUUACUCCUCAUAGAAUGAGGUUUACAGAUAUCGGAAUUAGCCGUCCAUGAUUUCGAAAUUAUUUCGAAAUCACGGAGUGGCUGUGUUGACGCUCGCGCGGCUGUUCGAAAUAACGCUACUUCGCUCGAAAUAACAGUGCCGUGUAGACGUACCCGAGAAUGUGGACUGUUUUUUCUGUUACAGACGAACACAGCUAUCCCUCUGAAUCUUCUGUUACGUAAUAUAGUGUGUACGUCAGGGCCUAGCCGCGGCUAUAAAACAAAGCUUAUGUAACAAAAUCUCUGAAAUGACGUAAAACACAGCUAAGUUUAUGUAACUAUGCACUUAAAUUUAUGUAACCACUGUUAUGUGCAAGCCCUAACUGGCCAGCCUGCACCGUUUGUGGUUAGGCCCUGUUUCCAUCUACCCAUUGGGCUGUAACCCUCUUUCUGUCUGUCUGCAGCUGCGUCUCCUCCCCCCCCCAUUAUGCUCUUUUUUUCCAUCCUGAGCAUCCCAUUUUCCCUUUGCACCUCCGUCACCUCCAGCUCCACCCCGGCACCCGGUCUCCACCCCUCCAGGGGCCCUCAGCUCCCAGCUGCCCCUGCAAAAGCUGAUCUCCUCGGCUUUCCCCGGACCCAGCAGCCCCUCUGGGAUUAUCUCAGGGCAGGCAGCCAGGAGAGGUCAGGACGCCAUGGCCGGGGGGCGGCCCAGCAGCUGCGUGAGAGAGGCGCAGAGCCCCGGGGAGGCAGAACCGAGCCCGCCCUGCUGCUGAGAGCAAGGCCCCCGGUCAGUUUCACUUUCACACCCCCCUGCCCACAGCCCCAGUGACCUGGCGCCUCCCCCUCGCCAGCCACAAGAGUUUCCAUUGAGCGCCCGGGCUGCUCACACCAGGGCGGCCAUUUCUGGCUGUUGCCACAUCCCGGCUGCUCGACCCUCCCGGUCUGUGAUACCUGGAGCAGCUCCCAGCCUGGGGGGGAAACAUGGAGCGGUUACUAGCCCGGAGCAUCGUCUGCUUCGGCAUCUUCCUCAGCCCCACAACAGUGGCUGGCCUGGGGGUCCAGCAGCUCCCCACCACAGCGAGCGCCCCGGCCGGGAGCAGCAUCACCCUGAGCUGCAGCUUCCCCAGCCACAACCGGAGCAGGGCCCAAGUCACUUGGGCCCGGGGCUCCGGGGAGGCUGCGGUGCUGGACCCCUCCCACCCCUUCUACCGGGGGCGGCUGGACGAGGGCCAGCGGCAGCAGCAGGGCCGGGCGGAGGCCACGGUGACCCUGUCGGAGCUGACGGAGAGGGACUCUGAUCUCUACCGCUGCUACAUCACCCACCCGCAGGGCCAGCAGGAGACGGGCACCGGCACCGCGCUGACUGUGACGGGCAGAGAUGCUCUGAGCGUCUCCCAGCUGCCCCGGUCCCUCAGCGCGACGGCCGGGGAGAACGUGACCCUGAGCUGCACGUUUGAGACAGGAAAGGACGCGAGAGUGAAGGUGCUUUGGCUCAGGGGAUCCGGAGAGGACGUGGAGCUGGAUUCUCAUCACCCCUUCUACCGGGGGCGGCUCCGGGUGUCCCGGCUGGACGAGCACAGGCAGGGGAGGGCGACACUGAGCCUGGCCGAGCUGCAGGAGUGGGACUCCGGCCUCUAUCGCUGCUGCGUCCAGACCCACGGGGGGCAGUCGGGGCUGGGAGGAGGCACCCAGCUGAGCGUGAUGCCAACAAACCAGAGCGGGGUCCUACUGGGACACGAACCCCUCUACUACCGAGCCAUCGUCUCCCUCUCGCUCACCAUUCUCUUCUCCCUGGGGAUAAUCCUCAGCCUGCAGCCUCGGAGCGAUGCCGGCUCUGCGCAGAAUCCGCCAUCACUUCCUGUUCCAAACGGUCGCACGGCGUUGCUGUGUGGGCCACUCGGCAGCCCUUGCUCCACCCCAGAGCCAGUCGCAAGUCCUUCCUCUCCUUAGAGGUGGCUGCAUGCAGCCCUGAAGGAAACUCGCUCUCCCUCUCUCUGGUUUUGACAGGGCUCCAUCCCCUGUAGCAUCCCCCUCCACCAUCUCUUCAGUGACGCUCUCGGUCUGUUCCCAGGUUCCCAGACCAAAGACUGGCUCUGACCUGCCGAAACCACCAGGUCCCUGAAAACUCUAGUGGUUUGGCAGAUAAAUACCUUAAAGAUUAGCUGAUGGGGGGGAGGGUGGCUCUGUUUCUAAUGCCAGACAAAUUAACGAAAGCUUCAGAGGGGUGGCCGAGUUAGUCUGUACAGGAUACACUUAAACAGCAACAAGGGGUCCGGUAGCACUUUACAGACUAACAACACAUGGAGAUGGUCUCAUGAGCUUUCGUGGG